GCAUAUGCCUUGCAGAAUCUGCAAAAUGUUAAUCCUUUUUUUUUGUUUGUUUGUUUUUUAAAUAGGAGGGACCAUAAAAAUUUUAUUUUUUAAAAUUUCGUACAGCCCUGAAGAAGCUAUUUCACAUAACAGAUGUUUACAUAUAGUCACCAAAAAGACACAAUAAUAACUGAAUUUACACAAAUGAACCAGUUCAAAAGUUUACAUACCCUUGAUUCUUAAUACUGUGUUUUGUUACCUGGAUGAUCAACUACUGCUUUUAUGUUUUGUGAUAGUCCCAUGAGUCCCUUGUUUGGCCUGAUCAGUAAAGCUGCCCAGUUAUUUCAAUGAGAAGUCCUCUUCUGUGGUUUACCAAGUUCAUGAGUCACUCUUCUGUCACUUGAUACCUCUCACAAAUAUAGCCCUUGACUUUUACCCGUGUCCUGCAUAUGUUAAAAUUCAACUCCAGACUGAAGUUGUCUUCCAUUCCUAACGUGGGUAAACAAACGAGGAACAGAAACAUGUCAGAUCAAUCUGCUUUUGACACAGAUGUGUGGACUCUCACACGGUUUGUCGUGGAGACGGGGAGACAAGCUAAAGGUGCGACUGGAGAACUUACCCAGCUUAUCAACUCCAUGCUAACAGCUAUCAAAGCCAUUUCAUCUGCUGUGAGGAAAGCGGGACUUGCUCACCUUCAGGGCAUUGCUGGGCACAUUAACGUUACCGGUGAUGAGGUGAAAAAGCUGGAUGUGCUGUCCAAUGAUCUGGUCAUCAACAUGCUGCAGGCCUCUUACAGCACCUGUGUCCUCGUCUCUGAGGAGAACAAAGAAGCCAUUAUCACCCCCGCUGAGAAACGGGGUAAAUAUGUGGUGUGUUUUGAUCCGCUGGAUGGCUCCUCCAACAUCGACUGCUUGGCACCUAUAGGCACCAUCUUUGCCAUCUACAAAAAGGUUUCAGAAGAUCAGCCCACGGAGAAGGAUGCUUUCCAGCCAGGGAAUCAAAUAGUAUGUGCUGGUUACGCGCUGUAUGGUAGUGCCACGGUAGUGGCUCUCAGUACUGGAGCUGGACUCAACUUCUUCAUGUUAGAUCCAGCCAUAGGCGAAUUCAUCCUGACAGAAAGAAAUGUGAAGAUCAAGAAGAAGGGGAAGACCUACAGCAUAAACGAAGGCUAUGCCAAGUACUUCGAUCCUGCAGUGACCGAGUACAUAAAACACAAGAAAUUUCCUGAGGAUGGCAGUGCUCCAUAUGGCGCCAGAUAUGUGGGCUCCAUGGUUUCAGAUGUGCAUCGUACCAUUGCUUAUGGCGGAAUCUUCUUGUACCCUGCCAAUGAGAAGAGCCCCAAAGGAAAGUUGCGACUGCUGUACGAGUGUAACCCUAUUGCCUUCUUAGUGGAGCAGGCUGGAGGAAUCGCCACCACUGGCACACAGCGAGUCCUGGACGUGAAGCCUGAGACUGUGCAUCAGAGGGCUCCUUUUGUAGUGGGGUCUCCGGAUGAUGUGGAGGAAUACCUGUCCUUUGUCAAAAAAUAUCAGAAAUAGGAUUUUUCCUGUACAUAUCUGAUUUGUUCACUGCUGUCUAAUCAGCAGUAUAGCUAUGUUUAAUUCUGAUAUGAAUUACAUCCUGCCAGUAAAAAAAAGGUGUGUACCAGUGGGUGAACAUGUGAAUCUUGUCAUGCAGGAAAAUCUUAUGUCUUACUUUGCAGUCUAAAGUCCUAGGCUCUAUAACAAUCUAGAAAACAUGGUUUAAUAUUAGUACCUAUGUUAGUAACAUUUCAUUAAUUGUAACCUCCAGUCUACAUUUCCUUUUUUAAGUGUUGUAGUUAUCUCAGAAUGAGAUUUUGAAUCUUCAGUAUUCAAAUCAUGUAACUAAAAUCACUUCCUUUCAGUUUCCAGAGUAAAGCCUCAGGCAAUGUUCCCCUCCCUGCCUUGGUUCUCUAGAAUAUUGUGGCUGACGUUUACUUUAUGUAUCAAGUUUGUCUGGAAGUUAUUUGGCAACUCCCCUCUUCCUGGAUCUUCAACUGUUUUGCCCAGAUUCACUAACCUCCUAAGACUCUGGCUCUGUGUAAUGGACACUGUCUACACUGUAACAUAACAUGCUGACUGUUAAAAGAAUAAACUGAUAUGCUGUA